ACCUCAUGUCGCUGGCGGCCUUAAGCCCUUCCACAUCGCAAAUGGACAAGAUCAGACUUUCUCAAAGUGAAAAUUGUCAAACCUAACGAGGCAGCCGGCAAUCGCUGCGACAGCACUCGCCAGUUCUGGAAGUUGCCGUCUUACCCACGCUGCGCUGUUGCACUACCAGCAAGCAAGAGGUUACGGCUUUUUGUUGACACAGCAAACUAACAGCGGACUCGAAUCUGGCUCUCAAAGGACAUGCACUCUGGCACUUAGUAAUCAAUAUCGCAUCGCAGUCGAAACCGCCUGCCAUGUCGGCGGUCGUCGACUUAUGCAGCAGCAGCGACGAUGACGACGAUACGCCCCAACGCACUUAUUCAAGCAAGCACCCCUCACAGAACACAGUUGCGCGUCCUGUUCCCAAGCCGGUCGCACCCAUGAAGCCCGGCCCCAACAACAAAGCUGUGAGCCAUCCGCAUCGCGACCGCGAUAGCACAUUGAGAGACCCCAAGUCAAGUGCAAGACUUCACUCGGCUACGGCUGCGAAAGGUCGAUCUGAGGACGUCAAUCGAUUAAAGGACAAUAAAAUCUCGAGCUCCGCCAGCACAUUCCCUUCUGGCUCUGGCUCAUCUGCACGCGCUGGCCACACGACAGCGUCGGGUUUUCAAAUUCCUCAAUUUCCUGGCUCACUCAGCUCUCCUCAGCGAGCAGAGUCCAGGGUGUUGGCAGACAGCCAAAAACGUGCACAGAAACGACCAUACGAUGACAACAGGGCCUUACCGACUGCUUGGCAACACGAACCUCAGAAGAAGCGAAAGACCACUUCGGUUCCGCAAGCCAGCGUGAACACUCCUCCGAGCAAAGCAGCCUCCGGCUCUGUCGCAGUGCGCAAUGGGUCAUCUACAGGAACGGCACGCUCCGAUCCGAUAGACUUGACGGGAGGCGAUGAGGGUCCUAAGCCUCGCAACGUACUGAACUCAAGGCAUGCUUCAGGCAAGAUUGCAGAUUCUUCACCAUUGGCGGCUCAAGCGACACGUAACGCUCCUGCGAAAGCUGUCAAAGACCGGUCGCCCUUUUUGAACAAGGCCCCAACAGCUGCGACCACUUCAGCACGGCCAGCAUCGUCGUUGAAGAAUUCUGGAACAGCUGCUAGUCUUGAGAUCUUGGGUCGUGACGUUUUCACACUCAAGGCUAACCCUGGCCGCAAUUCUUCCCAGCCUGUUAGCUCGCCAACAAAGUCAGAACUAUCGAGGACACAAUUAGGACAGCCUUUUGCCUCUAGCAUUGGUCCAGACUCCAGUGGGCAGAGAGAGCGACGCUCCACUGUUCCCGAAAGUCCACCUUUGUCGCCCGAGGCUAUUCUUGAGUCUCGCAUAUCGCCGCCAGCUCAGAGUUCGCAUAGUGGAAGAGCCGGGUUGCCAAGCUCUCUUACCAGUCCAAAAGUGCGGUCUGUUCACACUGAGUCGGACAUAAGCCGUGAGAAGCGGGAUACUCAGAGGACGUCGGUAACGUCUACGAGCUUCCAGCAUAACAAGGAAGGCACAGAUGCAGGGCCCCUAAACGGCAUAAGCUCGCCGAGAAAGCUGCAAGAGCAACCUCAAUCCGCACCUGUAAUUGCAGAGCGAGGACCAGGCCAACCGACGAAUGACUUUUUAACUCGCGCCGGGCAUGGAGUGAGUGGGGCAGAGAAGGCAUCACAGAAAAGAGACACGGAUGCUCAGGCGAAGCAAGACCGAGCACCCGGCACGGCUGUUAAGAGUCACAAAGCUUCGACGGUUGCAAAACCCACUAGUCUACAGCCGGGUGUUUCCACAAUUCUAGCUGCACCACCUACGAAUAGUGCUCCCGUGCCGUCCAAUGUGCCACAGGUGCACGGCAUCGAGAAGCUUGUCGGUCAGUAUGUCGAGGAGAUGCGAGACGACAACGAGCAUUGGACCCGCCUUGAGCUACAGCGCGCAAGAGCAAAAUUUCCUCCGCGCUCACGAGAAUCUAGAAGGGCGUCCUCUGUAUUCAAAAAGUUAAAGCCGAUACCCCUCCUCCCCCUCGCGAAGAAGGGGAUUCCUGCAGGCUGUGCUAAAUUCACAAUAGAGCUGCACACCAGUACCUCGCGAUCGCCAAAAGCAUCAUAUGUCGUGAAGCGCACGGCCUACAGUACAAGUGGUACUGUAGACGUCCCCAGAUACUCUCACUACGUCAGUAUUAGGCAAAACCAGCUUGCCCACAAUGUGACCACCUUGCAGCACUGGCCAUACUUUGGAGACGAUUUCGACAUGGAUGAAGCCUAUUCUCUGAAAAGGGAGUUCAACAUUGACGUAGACGAAAGAGAAAGAAAGCUAUUGCGACUUGGACAGGCGGAGAAUUUCGGACCGUACGCGGAAGAUUUGAUCCGUAGUAUUGGUUGCGAAUGGUCGGAUGUCCUGACUUUCCUGCUCCAAGUAGCACCAGCGGUGGGAGAAAGCGACGAGGCUCGGAAGGCUCUUCGAGACCGCGCGCUGCUUGCCUCCGAGGAUUGCACUCGAAAUGAGGACCGCUGGAAGAAAGUGCUCACCAAGCUGCCACCUGCCGACCCCGACAAAGUUGGGAAAGCAGCUGUGCUGUGCGAUCAUUUUCAGAGAAUGGCGAAGUUCUCUUUCUGGCAUAUUGUCCGGAGGACCGCCUUCAUGAGGGAACUGGUGACGCGGUCAGAAUAUCACGAAAAUGACGACCAACUGACGUGCCGAGUGUGCAUGCGCUAUCGUUGUCCAUUUCAUGGCGCGAUUGAAGGCCAGCCAAGCGGCUCAGAACACGGAAGUGACCCAGACAACACCGUUGUUGAGACAGACAUAAUAUUGCCUCAGGCUGUAAACUUUCGAAGGAGGGUUGAAUUCCCAUCGACCAUCGACAGUGAGCCAGCCACAAUCGAUAAACGUCGAACACUGGAGUACUGGGAGAAGGGUCCAUUCGGCAACCUCAAGUGGAAGGCUGAUGACCGUGGACCCUUUUUCCCAUGCCACCAUCCUGGAAUUCCCUGCUCAGAUGCGAGGUGCAGUUGUUAUAACGAAAGAGUCGCCUGCGAAAAGACUUGUAGUUGUGGACCUGGCUGUAAAAGGAAGUGGAAGGGCUGCGCUUGCCAAAGCAGCACCCGUUCUAACCCAAAAGCCAAACUCGUUUGUUGGGAUGACGAUCGCUGCGUCUGCUUCCAGAAGAGUCGCGAGUGUGACCCUGACCUCUGCGGCCCUUGCGGCGUGGCAGAUGUGUUAGAUCCUGUGCAUCGACACGACGAUCGCAUCUUGGAGGGUCGCUGUCGCAUGGCUAGCAUUCAGCGUGGCAUUGCAAAGCAUACUAUACUGGGGGAUAGUGGCGUGCACGGACUUGGACUCUAUGCUUGCGAAGAUAUGUCCCGCGGCGAUUUUGCUGGAGAGUACAAAGGAGAGACCAUCACAAAACCAGAAGCCGAGCGACGUGGCGCGGUGUACUUCCACCAAAAACUGAGCUACCUCUUCUCGCUCAACAAUGCCCAGGAAAUCGACAGCACCUAUUUUGGCUGCAAGACAAGGUUCAUCAACCAUGUUGGCGGUACGUUGGCUAACUUGAGCCCGCGCAUCAUUAUGGUCAAUACGGUAUUCCGCAUUGGUAUGUUUGCAAACCGGCUUAUCAAAGCUGGCGAAGAGUUACUGUUCGACUACGGUCCUUCGUUUCCCAAGGACCAACUCGGUGUCGAAAGUGCGAAGUCUACGCUAGCGGUCAAGUCGGCGCCACGUGUCCGAAACGCUGGGCUUGUGCGUGACAACUUCUAUGAUGUGAGCUUGACUAAGGACCAAGACGGCAACAUUCGCGCGACGAAAAAAGCUACAGACAUGGGCGACAGCGAUGAAGAUGAAAAUCGGUCAGAUACGUCUCCACGGCGGUACAGAUUGCCGCAGAGGUCUCGAUCCGCCACGCAUGCGAGACAAGUCGGUGCCUCAGUCGUGCCAGGCAGGCCACGGAAGGCUGCGGUGGCUCCAAUCGAGGAAGCAUUCGAAUCUGGCGAUGCGUUCGCAGCAGAAGGGGUGAAUGCCAAAGAUCAAGGCGAUGACGAGGAUGUGCGCAUGGAUGCUCAGCGUCGGCUCUCAAUGUAUAAUUUGCUUGAGAACAACGGUGCGGAGGAUGAGGAUUUUGAGCCAGAGGAAGAUUCUGAGAGUGAGAUGGAUUUGGCAAAUAGUGAUGGUGACUGA